AUCAUGCACACACACUCGGUUGUGUUUGUGUGUAAACAGACUAGAGAGACGGAGGAAGAAGGAGAAGUAGUAGAAGAAGAAGAAGGAGAAGGAGAAGAAUGAGCUGAGGACGGAGACAAGUUGCGUUUAUCUUCCGCAUGCCAGGCUGCCGAGUGUGUGUGUGUGCGUGUGUGUGUGGGUGUGUUAGUCCCCUUGGAUGAGCACACGACGGCUGAGGAUGCUGCUGGGAGCAUGAGUUCUGACCGAGAGGAGUAUGACAUGGUCUGUCAGAGAGCCGUGACCCUGAUUGUUGACCUGUGCCUCCACAACAGCACGCUGCUGGAUCAGGACACCUGUCAGGAUUACCUCUUCCUGUUGUCCAGCCACAGCUCUGACCACAAAGAUCCGGACGCUUCUUCUGGCCUCCUGCUCGGCGUGUUUGUGGUCUGUGGCCUGGCUCUGCUCGGCCUUCUAACGCUCGCCUCCUGGAAGCUGUGCUGUGAGCCUUGGCGCGCUAAGGCCCAUUUCCACAGUCCAUCCCUCGGCCCGGCCUGUGGCCCAGAGCGCCGCCCUCUGCAGCCGCCGCCUCCUCCUCUUCUUCCUCCCCUGCUCCCCAGUCCCCAGCAGCCAGCGGUCACCAUGGCGACGGAGAAGGUGAAGGACCCCGUGGGCUCGAUGGGCUUCCUGGAGGCAGCCGUGAAGAUAAGCCAUACUUCUCCUGACAUCCCCACUGAUGUGCAGCUGUCCAUGAGGGAGCACUUCCUGCGCCGCACGCAACGCAUGCAGAGGCAAACCACUGAGCCGACUUCCUCGACUCGGCACAACUCAUUCAAAAGACACCUGCCCAGGCAGAUGCAGGUGAGCAGUCUAGACCUGGGAAAUGACUACGUGCCGGACAAAGAGGAAACGUCCACCAGCAUCGGCCGCAUCCAGCCAGAGCUCUACCAACAGAAGACGCUGGAAUCAGAGGACUCGUCCAAGAACGGCAGCAGCAAAAACUGUGGCUCCAUUAACUUCUCUCUCAAGUAUGACUACGAAAACGAAUGCCUCAUAGUCAACAUCCUCAAGGCAGUAGACCUACCCGCCAAGGACUUAUGCGGCACAUCUGACCCGUACGUGAAGAUCUACCUGCUGCCCGACCGCAAGAAGUUCCAGACUCGCGUCCACCGGAAGACGCUCAACCCCACAUUCAGCGAGAGCUUCCAGUUUCCUGUGCCUUACGACGAGCUGGCGGUCAGGAAGCUCCACAUGAGCGUCUUUGACUUUGACCGGUUUUCUCGACAUGAUAUGAUCGGGGAGGUGGUGCUGGAAAACUUGUUCGAGACGUCAGACCUCUCCAGGGAGACGAACAUAUGGAGGGAAAUCCAAUACGCCACCAGUGAGAGUGUCGACCUCGGGGAGAUCAUGUUUUCGCUAUGCUACCUGCCCACCGCGGGCAGACUCACACUUACUGUCAUCAAGUGCAGGAACCUCAAGGCCAUGGACAUCACUGGAUACUCAGAUCCCUACGUCAAAGUGUCGCUCAUAUGUGACGGGAGACGUUUGAAAAAGAAGAAGACGAGCAUCAAGAAGAACACUCUGAACCCCACCUACAACGAGGCCAUCAUCUUCGACAUCCCCCCGGACAGCAUGGACCACGUCAGCCUGCACAUCUCCGUCAUGGACUACGACUUGGUAGGUCAUAAUGAGAUCAUUGGUGUGAUGAGGCUCGGAUGCCACGCCGAGGGACUUGGCCGGGACCACUGGAACGAGAUGCUGGCUUACCCGCGCAAGCCCAUUGCACACUGGCACCCCCUGCUGGAGUCCAAGAAGUCUGAGAAGGAGUGGAAGGCGAGGACAGCCAGCUUUGACAGCCAAGGCUCCUGCCCCUCACCCCGGCCCCCUGCGAGUCCCUGAGCAGAGCCACCUGUGACCCAGCAGCCCAGAAGGGGGUUUCCUCCCUCCUGCUGAUCCACUUCCCGUCUGUCUGAUUGAGGAGAAACACAACCCCACUGUCUCUCCCUCUCUUUCUCCCUCCACGCCUCUCUCUCUCUGUCCCUCCCUCCCUCGAGUCUAGUCCCAGAGCACUCCCAAGAACUGAUCUAGGACCACCGUCAGUCAGUUAGUUGUGUGAAGCGCAGUCUUUUCGGGUUAAAGUUUUAGGGGUCACUGAUUUGAAAAUGUGGGUGUUGUGGUGACCGAGCCCUGCCCUCGCUGUCCUCAGAAGAGACCGGCUGAACGUCCAGCCCCGCAGACUUUUAACACUGAGCUGUCUGAGCCGAGGUGAAACGGAUCUCGGCGUCCUUCGCGGGAGACUUUCCAACCGUCGAGGAUUCAGCUUUGUGCUGCGGAGACUCUUUGAUGGGGAAAAAAAAAAAAAACUCAGCCGGAUUUUAGAUCCCUGAGAGCAGCGGUUUCAGUUUCACAAAAAGAGAAGCCGAGGACACGGCUGGGGGUAGAAAAAAGAGACGAUCUGAAGCAAUUUUCAAAAACUCUACAGCGCUCUCAUUGAAUUUCACAGUGCCGUAUUAGCAUAAAACGAUACUGAACUGUUAGAUGUAAAAAAAAAACUGCUCCAUUAGUCGUCAUUGUUUGUGAAUAGCAGAAAACUGAAAUUCAUUUCUAACAUCCAGCUGAGUUCGCUGUACUUCCAGUUUCAUCAAACACCACGAGCAAAUUAUCUGAGAGGUCGGAUCCAAAAUAUUCUCAAUUAGGCGAUUUUGCAGCUUUGGUGUGUUUUUUAACAAGAGGACAGAUUUCAUGUACAAAGCAACUGGAUUAUUGGUGUUGACGAGAGCAAAAUUGGCUUCUUUUUUUGUUCAAUUUCCAAAACAAGAAGUAGGAGGUUAAAACAACCUGACAAAGGCACAGAGUCACAAUUCCUAAAACAGACAUUUUGACAGAAACAAAGGCGCUCAGGAGGUUCCUGUGAACAGGUGAAGCACACUUUACACACCCUUACCUCCUUCUCUGUGCGACGUUUGCUUUCUGAACGAUGUCUUUCUCUUCCAAAUGGAAAAACUCACUCAAGCACUCACGUCUUUUCCUUCAGACUCACUUGUUCGAGAGCACUUCUUCUUCUUCUUCUUCUUCUUCUUCUUCUUCUUCUUCUUCUUCUUCUUCUCCGUCUCCUCUCGUUCUUUUUCUGAACAGGUCUUUUUUGGUGGAUGUGUAUAGUUUCAUGUAAAAGCAGUCUGCAAGUCGCUGUAUGUAUGUUUCAUUUCUCCAGAUAAGAUAUAAUGAUAGGUAUAGAUAAAAACAUUAAAAAAAAAAAA